CUCCAGGGACGCCUCCUGUCCCGUGCCACUCCCAGGCAGGGCGGGUGAAGCUGCAAAGCGUCGCCCAGAGGGAGCUGGAAAGAGUCCAGCUCGGAUGCGGGCCGCCGGCGGGGGGGACGGAGGGCGAGGCGCUCCGCCAGCUGGGAGCCGCCUCCUCAGCAGCAGAGGGGCGAGGGCAGGCUCGCAUCUCCGGCAAGGAAGGAAGGAAGGAUGGAUGGGGACCGGGCUCACGCCGCUUCCCGGGAGAACGAGAAGGGAGUGACGGGGGAACUGACAGCCUCUCCAUCAAGGAAGCCCUGCGGCGGCGGCGGCAGCCUCGCGGCUCACCUUUGGUCGGGCGCGCCCUCGCGGGCCACGGUGCUUGGCACCAGGGAGUCCUCCUCGGGCGGCGGCCCGUUUUGCAGGGCGAGAACCCUUGCGGGAAAGGCGGUCUGCCCCUCCCCGCCUCUCCCCGUAGAGGAGCCCGAGGCUGACAUCGCAAGCCACGGCGGGCGCACCCAGACAUGGCCAGCGGGCAGCCUCCGCGCCCUCCUCCACCCGCCCUCCGAAUACACACGCGUGGCGCCCUCCCAACUAACGGUGAAAAGCGGGACAGAAGGCGCGCGCGCGCGGACGCACCGCCACUCUACGCGCCUUUCCCGAGAAGGGAUCUGGAAGCGCCAGAGGGUGCCACGUCGUCCUCCUUUUGCGCGGCGCUUCAGGGAAGGGAAGGUGAGCCCGUACCCCCCCCCCCGCCCGGCUGACCUGAGAGCGAGUCCGAGGUGCUUGAAGGCGUUGGAGGCGGAGACGUCGGAGGCCUGGUAGGGCUUCCUGAGCUCGGCGAAGCGGUGGGCCAGGCACAGCCGCCACCCCCACCGCGGAACCCGCCAGCCCGCCGCGGAGCCCUCGUAGCCGCGCAUCAGGUCCUGCUCUCCGGAGGGAGGAGGAGGAGGAGGCGGGGGAGACGACGCAUCUCGGAAGACCCCCGCCUCGCUGCUACUGCCGUCGCCGCCGCCCCUCAUGCGGGCUUCGCUGGGGCCGCUGCUGCUCGCGGGAGUCGCCAUGCAGGGCGGGGAGGGGGCGUCUUGCCUUGCCUUAGCCGACCUUUCGCCUUCUCCCUCCCUCCCCUCCCUCCUUGUCUGUGCCGCAGCAGCAGCACCGCGGCCCGGGCUUAAUGUCAGCUCAGUACAACGUCAGCUCAGUACAGUCUCCCGCUCCCCCCUCCUCCCGUCUUUUGCCCGGCCUGCCUGGCCCGGCCCCCGUUGACAGCCGCAGCCUGGAGGAAGGGAGGAGCAGCGGGCGCCCCGCCCACGGAAGAGCUGCCAACGGACCAGCACCGGCGGGAGGGAAGGCGGAAAGAGCCGGACUUUUCCGAAGACGGAGGGCGGGAGGAGCUUGCAGUAUCGGAAAUACCCGGACUUCUCCGAGAGCGCGGUGGGCGGGGUUCUGGGUCGGCCCCCCCGAAGAGAAGGACGGCUUCUGUCGGCCUCCAUCCCCCCUUCCUCCCCGCCUGGGUUCCCUCCUCGCCAUGAUCGAGGUGUCGGCGGCGCUGCUGCGCGGCGCGGUUUUCCUGGCCGGGGAGGUGCUCGAGUGUCUCGUCACUCUCCGCAACCCGCUCCCUCCCGACGCCACAUCCGCCUCCAGUGAAAUGCUGGCCUGGGCUAGCGCUCAGAUCCACUGCCAGUUCCAUGCCAGCGAGAGCCGGGUUGUCCUGCCCCCUUCAGAUGACCACAGGCAUGACGUCCAGGCAGAGAACGAGACAGUCUUUGUCCCCAACAGAGGGGAGCGGGGCCACUGCAUCCUCUCCACCCCACCAAAGAUCCUCUUCUGCGACUUGCGGCUGGACCCGGGCGAGUCCAAGACCUACUCCUACUGUGAAACUCUGCCGGUGGAUGGGCCCCCCUCCUUCCGAGGGCAGGCGGUGAAGUACGUGUACAAGUUGACCAUCGGCUGCCAGCGGGUCAACUCCCCCAUCAAGCUCCUCCGCGUCCCCUUCCGAGUGCUGGUGCUGCACGGACUCAAGGACUAUCAGUUCCCCCAGGAUGAGGCUGUGGCCCCCUCCAACCCUUUCCUGGAGGAGGAGGAAGGGGUGAAGAAAGACUCCCGACUGGCAGACCUGGCCACGGAGCUGCUGAUGGUGGCCACUUCCCGACGGAGCCUCCACGUGUAUAACAUCAGCAACACCCGUGGCAAAGUGGGGACCUUCUGCAUCUUCAAGACGGUCUACAAGAUUGGCGAGGACAUUGUCGGUUCUUUCAACUUCUCUGAGGGGGAUAUCCCGUGUCUGCAGUACUUGGUGAGCCUGCAGACAGAGGAGCGGAUCCAGGAGGCGUUCCAGCGCCGGCAUGGGCAGCCCGUCUCCUACAGCACCCAUGCCCGCCACCAGGAGUCCUGCCUCCACACCUCCAGGACCAGCUUCAGCCUGCCGAUCCCGCUCAGCUCUGCCCCGGGAUUCAGCACCAACAUUGUGUCCCUCAAGUGGAGGCUGCACUUUGAGUUUGUGACCUCCCGAGACUCGGCGCAGAUGCACGUGGCCUCUGAGGGCCACUCGGGAUCCCUCAGCUGGACGGGGGUGGAGCAGAUGGACGUGGACACCUUCAGCUGGGAUCUGCCUGUCAAGGUGCUGCCCACAAACCCUCUCCUGGCCUCCUACAUCUCCCAGUUCCCAGGCUCCAACUCCCUCACCAUCUGAGCCAGGCUGGAAGUGCUCCUGGAAAGGAGGAGGAGGAGGAGGAAGAGGAGGGCCUGCGCCCUCUGAGCAUGCAUCCUCUGGGUCAGUCUGUCUGAAGAGCCCCCCCCCAUGCACCUCAGUGUGGCCUAAUGAGAGGCGUGUUCCUGGCAUGUGUUCGAUCUGCUGGGGGGUGUCAUUGUGCAAAUGUCCCCAGCAGGGGCCACAAACAGGGUGUGGCUUGUCAGCUGUGGCACUCCUUCUCUCUCUCCCUCCGCCACCCACCUACCCGCCUCGCCUGGCUGGUGUGUGAAUUUCUCCCAUGGAGAAGGCUGUGCCCGCCUCCACCCUUGCUUCUCCUUGCUCCUCUUUCCCAAAGUGGGGCAGAGGGUCCCAGGGGGCGUGUGGCUGCUGGAGACUGUUGCUGUUUCUCCCCAUUGAAAAGCUGCUCUAUGGCUGGAGGGCCUAGGCAGCAGAGGGUGGGCACCUGCCUUUCCUGUUCCCACCCCCCCACGCACACAUCCCACUUGCUACACUUUGUGUCUGUCUGUCAAUAAAAAGAUUGUG